AGAAGGAGAGAAAUAGAUCCGGCGGUCCGAUCACAGCUGAUAGCCUGGAUGCGGGGUGGGCACCCCAGCACGGGUUUGGCGCUCCAGGAAUGUGUCACGGCAGCAGCAGUUCUACUUUUGACCGAGUGGAUCAUGGCGUGGACAUCCGACCCCGAACUCUGUCUCCCAGUCAGGCUACAAAUGUCCAACUCACAGGCCAUCUUUAGAAAAAUACCCAUGCAUGCAAGUCUGCAAUCCUGCCCUCGUAGACAUAUUUGUGCCGCAGGCGUGGAUUGACUGGAGCGCAAGUGUCCUUGUCAAAAGGUGUGCUAAUUCUGGCCGAGACCUAACCAUGGUGUUCCCAAUAUAUAUAAAUAUCAUUUGUCUGUGAGAGUAGUUUGUAUCAUAAAUACACUUAAGAUUCGUACAAACAACUAUCACAAUAAAAGAAGGCUGCGUCAUUAUUUAUGAUACGUCCUCCUAUAGGCCUACCUACCUACCAAUGAUGACCUAAUUUGUGAUUCGUCUAAAUGAGAAUGAUACAAUGAUAGCGACAGGGCAUGGUAAUGAAAAGAGUAGUGCAUCAUCUGGUCAACGGUUAUUAAAACAACAUGUAUGGACUAAGAGCAUUAGUCAUUCCCCGUGUUUCAGCGAGGGACACCUGUUGAAUGCGGCCGGGUGGGUAGCUACGUUGAGAGGGCGGAGCUACGACGUAAAGCCCAUAUUUGGGCUGCCCCACCUCUUCGAAUUAACGCCAUCUGUUCCACUUUGCGUCGCUGAAAUCCGAGCUGCUGUAAGUAUUGUAUUACUCCCAAUUACCUUUUCCAACAGCGAUAUCUGCUUUUGCGUUUCCAGGCAUUGCUCUUUAGUUGUGGGUGUUAUGUUAUUGUUUUAUUUUGAAUAGCAUUAGCAUUUGAAGUGUCUUAUUCGGAUGACUGUUGCUUAUAAUCCAUUAGGCCUUUUUCUACAGUAUGCUGUAAAUCCCCGACAUUCAUAACUAGGUAAAUGGACACGCAAAAUACAACUCGAGGGUAGAUUAGUGUGAACAUGUUUUAUUCCAGGCUUUAAUAGGCUGUACGCCUAGAAAAUAUGACGUCUCAAACCAUUUAAAACAUGAAAGGGCAGAUAAAGUCAGAGCGAAAGGACAUGUGGUGUGAUAUAUUACCGUGGAGUCGACAUGUUGUGCGUAUGUUAUUGAAUACAUACGAUGGAAGAAUACAUGACACGGAAGUGACGUGCCUCAUCGAGCACGCACGCAGCUCUUUUACUAUUGGCCUAAAACGUGCGGAGCUUUUCAUUUAAAUGUCUGGGCGGUGCCGUUUGUCCACGUCCGAGUGCCUUAGUAAAUAAACAUUGUUACCGGUUAGGGGAUUUUUUGCAUUUAUUUGUUAUGCACUGUGGACAUAUCGUAAAAAAUGGUUUGAUCUGAAUCUCUUUUUAUUUUGCAGAGACGAGAAGGAAGUAGCGAGGCAAGGGAUGGUAACCAUGAGGAUUCGGACAGAAUACAUGAAGAAAUUUAAAGAUCCCAAAUGGGAAUCCUACUCCAAGUGUUAUGAGGAGUUGUUCAGGUACCGGAUGGCCCGGAGGCUUCUAGAGCACAGUCACAACCCUUGGUUCUGGAGCGGAUCCGACACCGACUCCGAUGUUAGCGAAAGCCCUACGCAGUCGAACAAAAAACCCACAGAAACUGUAACCGCAGGAGACCGACAAGAUGCUGAAGAAUAUGAACAAUGUAGGGGAGACGGUAGAGUCCGGCAGGGGAGGCACAGGGUAACUCUUCCGUGUAGCACAGAAACGGUACCAAAGAUUCAACUUCCAGAAGAGGUUGAGGAUGCGUCUCAUACGACCUCUGCUGCCAACGGAGGCCAACGUGAGGGUGUGGCCGAGUUAAGACCCCAAGUGGAGGAGGAGAGCGAGGAGCAGAGGGCCAACAGUAGAUGUAGUAAUCAACCACCAACUCUUGCAAAGCAACCUGACCAAGAAAGAGUUUCCCGCCACCCAGAGCGGGUGAAGACCGCCUCCAGGUCUACUAAAGCACCUCAGCUUGUUAAGAGAGUGAGGUCUGCGCCGAAGCACAGGCCUCGGGACGAGAGCAUGGAGGGCCGGCAUCCCUUUGCCCUGUACGGGCAGGGGGAGCGGGCUGCCGACAUGGCUGCCAAGAGGACUCAUAAUGUGGGCCCUGCGGCCUCCACUGGGGAGAUCCAUGAGUCAGCACUACGAGCCAAGACCAGGCGGGAUGUAGAGCGUCUUCUCCAGACCCAGCGAGUUGAGCAGCGAAGAGCGAAAUCGGCUGACCUGGACAAGAAAAGAACCGGGCCAGAACAGCCGGAGUUCAACCCCUGGCUGACGGAGUACAUGAGAUGCUUCUCCGCCCGUGCACGGUAGAACAAAUGGAUGGACCAACAUUGUGGUCCUCAAAGACUAAAAAACACACACACACACACACACACACACACACACACACACACACACACACACACACACACACACACACACACACACACACA